UCGGAAGCUCCUAUGUUUGCCAUGUGGUACGACACUCGAUAGACUUCCUCCAUCCAGGAAGAGUAUGGUUGGUACAAAUGUUGGGAACCCUGCUGGCUCCGCUGCUGCUGCUUCCACCUGUGUCUCUUUACCUGCGCCCGAGACAACCAAUGGGAGCCAAGAGCGCCACGACGCCUGCGCCACCGUCUCCGAGCGGCGAGGGCCAGCAUCUAGCAUGGAGAUGAAGCAGACGACACAAUGAUAGCGACCGUUGAGGUGAGCGGUAGCUAUGUGCAACAUUCUCGCCUCGUCCGUAUUUCUAGUGCUAUCCACGACGUGCAUACAAGUGGAUGAUCGUCAAGACACAACGGAUUAUGUGAUACGGUUGUCAGCAUUGACGUAGGGUGAUGCUACCAACGGAUUCUUGCCCAACAGUCGUGAGAUCGGAGCGGUCCUUUCUCCAGCACUAACCCUAACCAUCACCCGUUGUGUCUCCGGGGCAAUGUAGCAAUUUUUGCGCGAAACUCGUGCAGGCCCGAACGUGAAGCCGUCGAAGGAGUACAGUACAAUGCCCCCGUUAGCGAGGGACCAAGCUGCCAGUCUGCUGUCUUCCGAAAUGAAGGCAGCGGCGAACUCGAACAGCGGUUGCGUCUGCUGUGUGAAGUGCGUUUUGGUCGGGGACGGAGCAGUCGGCAAAACCAGUCUCGUAGUCAGCUACACAACGAAUGGUUACCCCACGGAGUAUGUUCCGACUGCCUUUGACAACUACUCAGUGGUGGUCACCGUGGACAAUCAACCGGUCAGGCUCCAGCUCUGUGACACAGCAGGACAGGACGACUUCGACUCCCUGCGUCCCUUGUGCUACCCCAACACCGCUGUCUUCCUUCUCUGCUUCUCCGUCGUCUGUCCCACCUCUUUCCAAAACGUUUCCCAAAAAUGGCUGCCCGAGAUUCGUCGCCACUGCCCCGAAGCCCCCAUCGUCAUCGUCGGCACCCAGUGCGACCUCCGCACGGACGUCAAGGUCCUCAUCGAACUUUCCCGCUACGGCGAGCAGCCCGUACCCGAAGCUGUCGCUCGUCAAACAGCUCACAGGGUGGGAGCGGAGGCCUACGUCGAGUGUUCGGCCCUCACGCAGAAGAACCUCAAAGAGGUCUUCGACACUGCCAUUGUGGCGGCACUGCGAGAACAGAACCCGGAUGUUGUCAGCUUCGGGCGAGCCAGAGGCAAGAAGUGUCUACUCGGGGCUGGUCUUAAACCGGUCUUGACGUCGCAAAACCAGAGGUUGUACGACGAAGACCUGGAUGGGAGGCCCAGAAAGAAGACUGGCUGGAAGAAGCUCUGCUGCUUCGCAUGAUGGUGCUGAGUGUAGGUGCUACAACAAAAACGGCUGAAGAUGUCUUUUUUGGCUGGUCGACGGUGAAUUAUAGAAAAGUGCUGAAUUUUAGUUCUCGCGAUGUAGGAAGCUGUGCUAGGACUAAGGACUUGCUUCUAAUAACUUUUAGUUUUAACGGAUCCGUGUGCCCUGCAGACAUACGUGAGCGCAGAGGUGAGAGAGUGUAGCUUACUCUGGUGCCGCAAGCCACACCGUUAGCUGGCAUCAGCGUGAGAGACAGUCGAUGAAGACGUAGGCGUCAACCGUUACAGUCACUAAAGUGCUCUCAACAACUGUGCGACAUGUCGGACACGGUAUCAGGAUCUCACGCGGUGUGCAACCCUCAACGUUGAAUUAAGCGUAUCAAUCUUACUGUCGGCUAUUUUAAUGUGGCAUCUUCUAUAUUUAGCCUUGCACGGUGUUUGCAACUAUUCUUCUCAUCUCUACUUCUGUCAGUUUCACGCGCCGUCUACACUUUGGCCGUUGACAUUUCGGAACGAGCCACGUGAUAAUCUACGCAUCUUCCGGUUGGCUGUGGACAGCCUUCGUUGCGCCACCUGUAGGACGGUCUGGGAAACCGGUGGUGUUGCCUUCAUCACAUAACCGCCUGAUUUUUUUACUGUCUUAUCCUCUACUCUUCACUGCACAAAUCACCACUCUGUAUAGGCCGCACCAAUAUUCGGAAGUCCGUUUUUUUGUUACUUUGGAAUAGUUAUUAUAAAAUGACGCCCUCUAGGAAGCAAUUAAAGAAGCUGCUUCCGCCAAGAAUCACAAACAUAUCAGUUUGUCCAUAUCGUGCGAUGUAUAACCAGCGCUUAGUUCCUUUUUAUUUUCCUUCAUCGUUAAUCCCCUCCAUAUCCACGACUAUCUUUAUCAAUGCGGAGAGGAGGAAAUAUCUUCUGUGAUGGCGUCUUUCAACGCAAGGGGGCAGUCGGGGCUCUGUGUGUAUCAUUUUCUUGUGUCUGUACAUAUGUGUAGAUGACUGUGGUUGAUCGGGAGAUGAGAGAUUCGUUGAAUUUGGCAUAUCGUAGUCUAGGUAACGAACACCGAACAUAUCUACUUUCCUGAAUCCGUAUUUCGGUCUGACAACAGCGGGGGAAAAAAAGUAGUAGAUUUAAUGGUAGCAUACUUAGAUUAACGUGUGUACGUUUCUUAAGCGAACGUAACUAUUGCCUUGAGAGACAACGAUAUCGAUAACAAAGAUGCGUUGGACAUAUUCCGAACAGAACGUUAUUUUGCAUUCGUGCAGUUCUGAAGCAAAAGAUACUUCAUACGGAUCAAAAAGUAGUCGUUAGUCCGAAAACUAUUUUAUGACUGAACCGUACGUUCGUAGCAAAACGUGUGUCCGCGUUCAACAGUCGGUAUUUUUGAGCGGUAUAUGUCCAAUUUCUUAAAAUAUCCACUCGUUCAUGCCAUGUGUUCGCGAAUGUGAGUGAGAGUUCAAAUUCUUGACUAUUGUACGAAAAGUGAGACUUUGGAAGUGAAUUGUUACGAUAUAUAUAUAUGUGACUGAGCGAAUGUGAAUGAGAGUGCUUUUUGUGAGUGAAUAAUUUUAGUUAUUUCUGCCGCGCGUGUGAAGUAAUAAAUUAUAUCUGAAAAACUA